AUGCGGUUCUUUUUCGCAUCGACGGUCACAGUACUCUCUUUGGGAGCACCCGCUCUUGCAAAGCUCUAUCAGUCGGUCAUUGACCUGCCCGGGACGAAGUAUGACUACGUUAUCGUCGGUGGUGGAACAGCGGGAAGUGUUCUCGCUUCCCGACUUACAGAGGACAACUCGACCAAGGUCCUCGUUAUAGAGGCCGGCUUGGAUAAUGCGGGCAUGAUGUCCACUAUCGUUCCUUGGCUCGGGAUCCAGAAUCUUGGUGGUCUCGCUGACUGGAACUUCACUUCGACACCUCAAGUCGGAAUGAAGAAUAGGACCCUUCACCUCUCCCGUGGUUACGUGAUGGGCGGUAGCAGCAGUAUCAACCAUAUGACUUACAACAGAGGAGCCAACGAUGUCUGGAACGCCUUUGCCAAGAUGUCUGAUGACGAGGGAUGGGCAUGGAACAACAUGGAGAAAUAUUACCGACGGAACUCACGUCUCGUGCCCCCAGCGGAUGGACAUAACACUACUGGGAUGGUCAUGCCUGAAGCCCACGGAAACGGCCCCAUUCAAGUCAGUUUAAACGGAUUCCCACAGGAAGUUGAGCCAGUGAUCGUGUCGAUCGCAAAGGACCUUGGAGGACGCUUCAGGUUCAACGAAGAUGUCAACGCUGGAGAUAUGAUUGGUAUCAGUUACAUGCAGAGCACCAUUGGGCAUGGAGAACGAUGCAGUGCUGCCACCGCCUAUCUCGUCCCUGCUCUCGGUCGCCACAACCUCGAUGUUGUUAUCCAUACCAAGGCUACAAAGGUCUUUGCAUCGAACCCCAACCGUGGCAAGAAAAUAAAAAUUGACACCGUUGAAGUCGCUCACGAGUCGAAUGGUCCUCGCUACACCUUCCAAGCCAAGAAGGAAAUCAUCAUGAGUACCGGUGUUUUCGGAACGCCUCACCUCUUGAUGCUUUCUGGUAUCGGACCCAAGGAGCAACUUGAGAAAUUCAACAUCCCUGUCUUGGUUGACUCUCCUCAGGUUGGCAAAAACCUGGCUGACCAUCCUCUACUUUCCGUCUACUACACCGUUAACUCGACCAACACUUUCGAUGACGUCCUCAGGAACAAGACUCUCGCAAAUGAGCUUCUCAAGCAAUGGAAUGAGACCAGGACUGGCCUGAUGGUCAACCCCGUCGCGGGCAACUCAGUGGCCUUCCUCAAGAACCCGCCCGGAUUCCUCGACGGUUACGAUCCUUCAACCGGUCCGGGAAGUGCUAACACCGAAAUGAUCUUCUACAACGGCUAUGGGACUCUCGGUCCUCUGCCACAACCCCCUACCGGAAACUUCAUGUCCGUCAUCAUUGGUGUCGUUUCGCCCACAUCCCGCGGGACCGUGACUCUCAAUUCUACCGACCCCUUCAAUUACCCUAACAUUGACCCAGCACUGUAUACCACCGAUUACGACAUGAAGUCGAUGAUCCAGGUCAUGAAGGACGCCGAUUACCUUCUUCACCACCGGUUUAUGGACCAAUACAUCCGCGAGCCAAUGUUCAAAUUCGCCAACGACUCGGAAAUGGAAGACUACGCUCGGAGUAACUCAGUCACUAUCAACCACUGUGUUGGUACCGCCCGUAUGGGUCCGGGUGGUACUGACGGCGGUGCUGUCGAUUCACAUUUGCACGUCAAGGGCGUCGAGGGUCUGAGAGUUGUGGAUGCCUCCAUCUUCCCCAUCAUUCCUGAACACCACACUCAAGCAACCGUUUACCUCGCUGCAGAGCGUCUUGCUGAUCUCAUCAAGCAAGGCCGCUAG